CCUCAGCCUGGAGUCAGGCGGCAGGGCCCGGAGCCUCUCAUCGUGGUGAAGCCGACACACAGCAGGCCUCAGGGUGGCUGUCGAGAAGUUCCCCAGGCUGCCUCCAAGCACCACGGCCUGAUCCGGGUCAUCAGCCCCCAGGCACAAGACAAACGUCCUGCGGUGACCUCACAGCCCUGCCCACCAGCCGACACACGCAGCUUGGGCCUCGGCUCCAAUCUCAGUUUCAGGUCAGGAGCCAAGAGACCUGCCCAGGCUCCGACUCAGGCUUGCCUGAACUUCCCCAAGAAAGCGAGAAUGGGUCCCUUCCAGAUGCCCGAAAAUGCCAUCCAGGGAGGUGAGCCGGGGGCCCUGGAGACUCUCCAACCUCCGCCAGCUGCAACCGAACUCAGACCAAGUCCAUCGCCCCAGAUGAGCAGGGGGACACCCGCCCAGGUGCCCAGCAGCCACCAGCAGCCUCCGCCCAGCAGACCUUGCCUGCCUACUGCCCAGGCCUGCACCAUGUCCCAUCACCCAGCGGCCAGCCACGAUGGGGCCCAGCCUCUCAGAAUGCUCUUCCGGAGACUGGAAAACGGAUGGUGGAGCUCCAGCCUCCUGACAGCUCCCUCGUUCCCCUCUCCUGAGAAGCCGGGAGCCCUCCUCGCUCACAGCCCUCAUGUCUCAGAGAAGUCUGAGGCUCCCUGUGUUCCUGUCCCCCUGAGUGUCCUCUGUGAGGACCUUCAGGUUUCCUCCUCCUCAGAGGACAGCGAUUCUGACCUGGAGUGAGACUGCCGGUGGCCGGGGCUCCAUUGCAUCCAGCUCCCAUGACUUGGAGGGGUCUGUGGGACUGAGGAGCGCAGAGCAGAGAGCAGACUGUGUGUGGUGACUCCCAAGCUCCCCAGCUGUGGUGCUUCUGUGGAUGUUGGAGCCCAGGCCGGGCAGGGACCAGAUGCAGAGACUCCACCUCGUCGAAUUCUGGUGAGGGACAUUGUAGUUCUCAGGGCUCUCCGGAAACCCGCCACCAGAAGCUUCUGUGCCAGUGAUUCGUUGCCUCAGAAACUGGGUGAUGGUGACGCGCGGGAGUCAGACUUCCGCUGUGAUGUCAGUAGGAGACUGGGGAAUGACUGUGUGUCUGCUCUC